AUGAGUCUUGGUAUUGAUAUAGGUACAACAUCUAUCAAAAUUUGUCUAAAUUUACCCACUCAAUCUAAUAAUAUUAUGUCAUUGAGAAUAUCUGGGCAGAUGCAUGGGAUAAUGUUAUGGAAUUCUUCAAUAACACGAAAAGUAGAAAAAUAUUCUAACCUUAUAACAUGGAUGGAUGAGAGAUGUGAUGAAAAUUUUAUAUUAGAAAUUAAAAAACAAAUAGGUGAACAUUUAAAAAUUUCAAAAGGAUAUGGUUUAGCAACAUUAUUAUGGCUUACAAAAUAUAAAUUAGAUUAUGUUAAAGAAUUUAAUAGAUGUGGUACAAUAAUGGAUUUUAUUUGUUGUUAUUUAAAAAAUAAUUUUGAUGAAACAUUUAUAACAGACCAAAAUGCAGUUAGUUGGGGUUUAUUUAAUGAAAUAAAAAAUAAUUUUGAUUUAGAAAUUUUAUCAAAAAUAUUUCCUAAUAAUUUUUUUAAUGAUAUUAUAACUUUACCAAAAGUAAUUGAGGCAAAUUAUUUAAUAGGAAAAACAACUGAAACUUUUUCAAUAUUUGGUAUACCAAAUGAUAUUCAAAUAAAAGCUAGUCUUGGAGAUUUACAAGCAUCAUUAAGUAUUGUUUCUAUAAAAACACCAGUAUUAUUUAUUAUUAUAGGAACAUCUGCUCAAAUAUCAUUUAUUUUACCUGAUACUUUAGAUAAUGUUAAAAAUUUACAAAAAAAUAAUUUAUUGAUAAGAAAUAAAUUUAUACCAAAUUUUUCUGCUUGGACAGGUGCAUUAAUGAAUGGAGGAAAUACACUGGAAAAAAUUGUUAAUUUAAUUUGUAAUUUGUACUUUGAUAUAGUAUCUUUAGAUGAUGAUGAAAAACAGAAAAUAAAAGAAAAAGUUUGUUGGGAAAAAUUGUUAAAUAUACAACCUAAUAUCAAUCAACUAAAAACAAAUAGUUUAUCAUUUGAAAAAUUAUUUUUAGAAGAGAGAUCUAAUGAGAUUGUCCAAGAUAAACAUUUACACAAUGGAUUAGUUGUUUUUGCAUAUAAAAUAGUUGAAAAUAUGCAUAAUAUUAUAUCAACAACAACAUUAUUUUCAAUGGGUAUUUCAAAAAUGAUUUUAAUUGGAAAAGCUAAUACUCCUUUAUUUAAAAAUUUGAUAAUGAAUUUUUAUAAAAAUCAAAGUAUUUUGGAAUUAAAAGAUUUAUAUCCUAAUAGUAUUUCAAUUGAUUCAUCAUUAGGGAGUGCAGUAUUUGAUGAAGUUAUUUUUUCUAAUAAUUUUUAA